ACCAUCCGUAACUAUAUUUUAGUUAUAUACCACCAUCUGUAACUAUAUAAUGCAUAAACACCACUAUCUGUAACGACUGUAAGUAAUAUGAACUUUUAUCACAUUUUGGUUGUUUUCUGUAAGCAUUCGUACAUCCGCGUGUCAUAAUCAAGUAGUUUGACCUGCAGCGUAUGUAUGAUGAGUCAUCAUUUAUGACUGUCGUUUUGCUGCUUAUUUUUGCUUUUCUGUUUUAAAUAUUCUAAUCUUCGUUACUGUAUUUGAAGAGAUAAUUAAAGUUUAUGUUAAUAUGCUGACAGUUUAUUAUAGAAACAAUAUUAAGGGGGAACUGUUGUUCUACUUCAUGUGUGUGAAUCGCUGCAAUUAAAUAUCUGGUUAAUAUAUUGCUGUAUAUGUAAUACUGAAUGGCAUGUUCUGUUGUAAAGUAAUGAUUUGACCUAAGAAUUGCUGCACCCCUUGGUCCUACUAGGCCGAAUACUCACCACAAAUCAACAUGGCGUGGUUGGAAUCUGUUGAUGUUGGAUUCCUUACAGAGACAGAGAGGGACAUGAUCUUGGAUGUUUUGAAGCGAGAUGAAAAGCUUCGACUUCAGGAACAACAGAGAGUGAUGAAAUUGAAAAAAGAACUUCGUGGGAUUAAACGAAAAGGCGCAAAAAAUGUUGAAGUGAAUUACCCAACUAACAUAUGUGAACGUUGUAAAAUGAAAACGGGUUUCAUUGUCAAUAAAGCGCAGAACUGCCCAGUUUGUAAACACAAGAUAUGUCAAGACUGUCGAAUUGAACAUAAAUCAUUGUGGAUGUGCUUGGUUUGUUUUGCUGAAGUGAAGAUAAAAGCAGAGACGGGUGAAUGGUUUUAUGACAUGAUGAGAGCUGAGUUGAAGCAAAUGUCAGAAGGAAGUAUUUUGUUAAAACACGCCGUUGGAAAACCAAGACCAACUCAAAAAACAACAAUGACAUCGCGUGAUAGAGUAGCACCCAGCAUUACUUACACAGCUCCUUCCCAAUCUUCUUCCAAACCCUACUCUGAUUUAUCUGAAUCGGAUCUCACCAGCAGCUCUUCAAAACAAGAUAUUGUAAGAGUGGGAAGUUGUGAGAGUAUUGGAAGCUCAACUGAGUCACAUUCGCAAGCAUAUUCAACCAGAUCAAACAGACAAGGACCCGCUGAAACCGGUUUCAUUAGUUCUCUGCGAUCAACACGAAGCAAAGAAUCUUAUUUAUCUGAUUCUGAACAAUCCACAACAUCAUCCAUGUAUAGCCCACUCCACUCCACACAUGGUCCGCACUAUUCAUCUUUACCAAGAUCGCGACUUCCUCCACUUCCAUACAAUGAUCCUGCAACAUCAUUGAGAAACAAAAGCAAAUCGCAAACUCUUCCGAUCACAUCUCGACCUUCCGAACAAAUAACUAUUGUAAGAAGUUCCUCGAUCAGUGAUAUUGCAUCAGAAAAAGAAGAUGCAGUGUCAAGCAAGGGAAAUUCACAAAUGAGAAAAAAAUUUCGAAGUGCUGGAAAAAAGCUGAUGUCCCAAAAAUCUCUCAGUAAAUCUGUGCCUUCAUUGUUUGCUUAUCAUAAACGCUCCCGAUCUUCAUUGAACAAAAGCAGCCAAGAAUGUGACAUGGUGAUUGAAGAAGAAGAAUCAAACCAUAAUUUAAAUAAAAAAUCAUCACUUUCCACUUCUAAUAUCCAGGAUAACUCAUCACAUGGAAGCACACCACUGUCAUGUUGUGGGGAAAUUAAUUUUGCACUCGAGUUUCAUUACAAGCGCAGUAUUUUGACAAUAAACAUUGUUGAGUGCCGUAAUCUCGUCAGUUUUCCGCAUAAGAAAUGUGAUGCUUAUGUCAAAUGUUAUCUCACUCCUGAUCGAAGUGUGAAAAAGAAAACUUCAAUAAAGAAAAACACUCUGUCUCCCAAAUUUAACCAGGAGUUAAAGUUUUCAAACAUCACCAUGGCUGAACUAAGCAGUAGAGUUUUAGAAAUGUCAGUUUGGAAUGCAGGAACUUUCGGCAAAAAGAUUUUUAUUGGUCAUGUUCAAAUUUCCCUGGAUAAUUGGAAAUGGACAAACACACCACACUGGUAUCCCCUGAAACCCAAGGAACUAUCAAAAGAGGACGCUCCUCAUGCUCGACCUUAUAAAGGCGACUUACUGAUGGAGGUUUGUUACAAACCACCUGCACCAAUGCAAGCGUCAGGGCUGGUUAUGGUUAUGUUGAAACAAGCAAAGAAUUUGGAACCACUUCGCUCUUCUAGAGGAAAUUUAAAUGUUUAUGCAAAAAUGUGUAUUCUUCCAAUAAAAGAAGAUUCAGUCACCAAUGUUGUGGAGGGAAACAAUCCAAUCUGGAACAGCACUGUAAGACUUCCUUUAAGUGGAAUAAAUGUGGAGGAAAGCGCAUUUAAGAUCGGUAUUUGGCACAAACCUAAUGGAAGUGCAAUACACCGUACAAACAAUCACACUUUCCUUGGUGGGGCAAUAUUUUCUUCUGAAAAAGAACUUUCGACAGUGGAAGAAAGAACUAUUUGGAGAACAAUUUGUGAUUCUCCGGGUCGUUGGAUAUCUGCCAAUAUUUGCUUGCGUGUUUUCCGUUAAAAAUAUUAUAUCUGCUACAGUUUU